CAAAAAUGGAGUUACCUUUGGAUGAGGAGGAUGGCACGUUCACCAGCAUUUCCUUGGCAGAUGAUUCAGAGUAUCGCUCAAGAAAACGCUCUUCAAAAGUGGAAAGAGCCCCUACUACAAUGAUGAACGCCGAUAUGGAUGCUGUUGAGGCUGAGAAUCAGGUGGAAUUAGAAGAGAAAACACGGCUUAUUAAUCAAGUUCUGGAACUGCAGCACACACUUGAAGAUCUCUCAGCACGCGUAGAUGCUGUAAAGGAAGAAAACUUGAAACUGAAAUCAGAAAACCAAGUUCUUGGACAGUAUAUAGAAAAUCUGAUGUCAGCAUCUAGUGUUUUCCAAACAACUGACACAAAAAGCAAAAGGAAGUGAAGGUUGACUCACAGAUUAUGUCAUUGUAUUGCUGCUGUUUUGGUUUUUGUUGUUUUAACUGGCAUAGGCUACACUACAUAAGCUAAAAUACUUUAGUUUGUGGCUUACUGGAUUCUCUAAGAUUACAAACUUUGGUAGUAAACAGAAUUAAGAGCAUUAUCAUGAA